AUGAGCAUCAGCCGGACUCGUCAGCUGCAUCAACAGCCCUUUGUAACUGCUGCUGCUGCUGCUGCUGCUGCGGCGGCGGCUGCGGCGGCAGCAGCUGGUUCUGGAAGCUUCCAAGAAGCAUCGGAGCCGGCGGCGUUGCCGCCCACCCGAGAUUUGGCCAAUAAGAAGCAUUUUCUGGAUUCUGCUGACGUGUUGGAUGUGACAAGAGCGGAGGGGAGUGUUCUUAGGGAAGAGGAGGAGGAGGAGGAGGAGGAGGAGGAGGAGGAGGAGGAGGAGGAGGAGGAGGAGGAGGAGGAGGAGGAGGAGGAGGAGGAGGAGGAGGAGGAGGAGGAGGAGGAGCUGGAGGGAGCAGAGCAGUAG